AGAGAGAGAGAGAGGCCACCGGGUGCAGAGUGGGUUACCACAGGACAAUCCUGCUCGAUGCUGGACCUCAAUAACGGGCGCAGAGAAAACUCACCCGCCUCGGAUAUCUUCCGCCGACCUACCGCCGCCACUUUCACCCCCGGAUAUUGUGGUGACUUGGACAUGUUGCAGCGGGCGAAAGUCAUGUGACGGCGCCUAGCCGGCGUUAAUGUGCCAGGACUGGGUUUUCCUUCUUUACUGCUCGGUCUCUGUGAAGCGGAGCCGUAAAACCGAGCAGUCCUCUUUACUUUUCAGAGCCGAGCUGCAGUGCAUUUACUGACAUUAUUUAAGGACAAACCGCACCGUUAGUGACAUUAAGGUGCCGUCAGCGGUUGCUACGGGGAUUAGCUGAAUAUCUGACAUUAUGCCUACAUUAUUCUACAGCCUCUAGUCGCGAUCGACAGCGACGUGUAAGCUACUAAUCGGGGUUAAGCUUCUCUUUACGCGCUGAGGUUGGUGAACUCGGAGAUGAUACUCUGGAUGUGUGAUGGUGUGGAGAUACAACGUCUCUUAACAAAUUUUUCAGUUUUUUCUCUUUAAAAAUCUUUUAAAGGAUCCAUAUCUGACACAGCACUUGUAGCGUUUGGAUUGCAACAAGAGGAGAAUUUGUAGUUUGAGUCCAGCAUCAUCUGUGAAAAAAACGACACAAAGUUUGGACGGAGAACUGCUUGUAGCCCCCUCUCUCUACAGGUCAGCGCGACCCGUCGCCUCCUCUCCCUUCUCCUCCUCCUCCUCCUCUCAGUCCGUUAUGAAGAUGUGAACCCUUUCCUCCUCCCCCCUCCCUCUUUCUCUCCUCGCCCUACCGUCCUCUUUGAUCUUUUUUCCGCUCUCUGUUUGAUAUAAAGACAUCAAACGCAGCUGCCGCCUGGAUGUACGAAAGCGUGGAUGUUGUGGGUUUGAGCCCCAGCCCCAGCAGCCCCAGCCCGGGCUCCUUUCUCAGCAUGGACUACUACCACCGACCUCCAGGGUUAGGGCCGGAGAAGGGACUUCUGUCCGGCGUGGGGGGACUUCAGCGUCCAUUCGGGGGGUCACUGGAGACCGGCAGGCACUGGAGCGGAUCCAGCCACUCUAUCGAGACUGAGAGCACAAGUUCUGGGGAAGACCUGCUUGUUCCCAGCCCCCCUUCACCCCUCCCACCACCCCGGGUCUACAAGCCCUGCUUUGUGUGCCAGGACAAGUCUUCUGGAUAUCACUAUGGAGUCAGCGCAUGUGAAGGCUGCAAGGGUUUCUUUCGGAGGAGCAUCCAGAAGAACAUGGUGUACACGUGCCACCGAGACAAAGUGUGCGUCAUAAACAAAGUGACAAGGAACCGCUGUCAGUCCUGCCGGCUGCAGAAAUGCCUCGAUGUUGGCAUGUCUAAAGAGUUGGUACGAAAUGACAGAACAAAGAAGAAGAAGGAGGAGAAGCGGCAGGUGGAUUCAGAGGUGUAUGUGCUGUCAGCAGACACGGAGCAGAUGAUCGAACGGGUCCGCCGGGCCCAUCAGGACACGUUCCCUUCCCUCUGCCAGCUGGGAAAAUACACCACGAAUAACAGCUCCGAGCACCGUGUUGCUCUGGACGUCAGUCUUUGGGACAAGUUCAGCGAACUGUCCACCAAAUGCAUCAUUAAGACAGUGGAGUUCGCCAAGCAGCUUCCCGGCUUCACCACGCUCACCAUCGCUGAUCAGAUCACGCUGCUUAAAGCUGCCUGCCUCGACAUACUGAUUCUGAGGAUCUGCACCCGUUACACCCCCGACCAGGACACCAUGACGUUCUCCGAUGGCCUGACUCUGAAUCGCACCCAGAUGCACAACGCGGGGUUCGGCCCUCUCACGGACCUGGUUUUCUCCUUCGCCAACCAGCUGCUCCCACUGGAGAUGGACGACGCAGAAACAGGGUUGCUCAGCGCCAUCUGUCUGCUCUGUGGAGACCGUCAGGACCUGAAGGAAUCUGAAAAGGUGGACGUUCUUCAGGAGCCAAUGCUUGAAGCUUUGAAGAUCUACGUGAGGAGGAGGAGGCCUGAUAAACCCUGCAUGUUCCCCAAGAUACUGAUGAAGAUUACUGACCUCAGGAGCAUCAGUGUGAAGGGAGCAGAACGAGUCAUCACUCUGAAGAUGGAGAUCCCCGGCUCCAUGCCGCCGCUCAUCCAAGAGAUGCUGGAGAACUCUGAGGGACUGGAGGGGCAAGGAGCAGGGGGAGGGAAGGGGAAAGGAGAAGGCAGAGAGGAGAAGGAAGCAGAGCCUGGGAACUACCAUGCGAGUCCGUCGCCCAAAUCUGCAGCUUCUUGUAGCCCGAGACCCUCGCCCUACUCUCCCCCUUCCCCUCCCACCUGAAUCUACCUGUUUACGAAGAACAGGAGGAUUUAGCAGAGCCUCACCUGUGGACCGAACCAGUAACUGGCAACACGUUUGUUCAUGUUCAGCAACUCUGUGAGGACUCACGAACAGUCACUUUUUUCUUCUUGCAUUAUAUUAAAGCCCAAAUCAGAAGGAGCAGAGGAAGAUUUGUACAUUGGACUUUUAGUUCACUGCAGACAGAAAGAAACCAGAAUAUUUCUCCUCAGAAACUUCCUCCAUUUUUAAAUUGCCGGCCUGCAAAUCAUAUCAAAGGGUUUUUUUCACUUUCUAAUCAUAACUUCAUGAAAUAAUGGAGAAUUUCAGGUGAUUAUUGAUCCAUUCUUUAUUCGAACAGAUCUCUGGGUUUGCAGCCGGAGACAGCUUGUGUUGCUGUAAAACCUCAAUUGAAUUUUUCUACAUUAAUGCUGCCAUCACAGACAUAGAAAGCAGCUUCUUAAAGUGCACUGAUGUAAUCCUAUACCCACGUAAAAUUACCUUUGUCCCAGCAGACCUGAUCAAAGUAUAUUAACAAAUAAAAUGAAGUUAACAUGACAGAACAAAUUAUCUUUAGUUCAUCCUGUCUGCAGUUAAAUGAAAGACAAGGCUGAGAAUAUACUUGCUUUUAACCUCAUGUUUGCGAGCAUAAUUGUUCACAUACAGAGUUGCUGAUUUUUCUAUGGUGUAAACAAAACUGGCAACGACAGAGGAAGUUAGCAUUUGGUUCAUUUUGAGAUUGCAGCAGAAAAAAAACAGCAGCUGCUUCAUAGCUGGCGAGUAAGACCCCUAAACCAAGCACGCAGUGUCUCGUCUUUGAAUGUCUGGAUCAUUUUUACCGCUGUCACCCCUAUGACCUUACAUCUGGUUAACUCUCCACACUGCCCCUACUAGUUGCUAGCAUGUUGCAGCUUGCAAACCUGUAGAAUGAAUUUCUGGCAACAUGCAGAAAUGAUGCUUCAAAUGAAGGCAAAGUUGAAAACAAGUGUGUUCUCAGCCAUAGUAAAUGAAGGAAUCACUGUAUUUUCUACGCUGCCCCACCUUCUUAUAUGGGCUGAUUUUAAAAGUUAAUUAUAUGCAGUCUAAAUGAUGGAUGAACUGGAUUUUCAGAUGUGAAUGAAGAGGAUUUCCUCCAUUAAAACAAAAUCCUUACAUGUAAUAUAGUGUAUAGAAGAAAGGCUGUGAAAGAAGUCGAAACUUAGACAGACUGAACACAAAGUUAUUUUCCUAAAUGUACAUGUGUAUAUACUGUACCAUGUUUCUCAAAUGCAGCUAUCUAUCCCAUUUACACCCCACCCUUUGCACACACAAACACAGAAACACACACAGCUUCCUCAGCCUUUCCUCGCACAGACACGUGAGGGCUGAGACGAAUAAGUCUUGGAUUAAGUUUGUUUCACUGGAAUUAAUUUAACAAAAACUGUGACACAAAUUUUAUAUGCUAACAUCUUGUCUGCCUGUAGGUGGGCAUUUUCAACCAAAGCUGAGUCAUCAGUGAUUAUUCAUGCUGCCAAACAUCUAAAUGUAUUUAGUUUUUUUUUUAAAUAGUCUGCACCACUUAAUGUUAAAGUCUGUUUACACAGCUUCACUGCCUCACUACAACAUCCCUCUUGUCAGGUACCAGUCAUGUAUGUAAUUCAGUGUUGUCCCCUUUAUUAUGUGGUAAAGUUCACUGGACGGUGUAUGAAUACAGGGAGAUAAAUAAAGAGGUGUAAUUUU